AAGCAUUCAACAGAGGCGGUCAACGUAUGCGCAAUGUCCUACUCAGAUCGCAUUGGGCCCGACGUCCCACAGCUUGGGAACGCGGACACGUUUGACGAGUUGACUAAAAAGCUGAGUUUUUAUUUCUCCGAGGCCAUUACUCUUCCACUUCCGCAGAAUGAAGAGCGUUCCGCUCUGCCUUUCAACCGCAAACUGAGCCCUCUGAUCAAUGCGCUAUCCGACACCUGCCAUCACCCUGCCAUUGUUUCCGCACUGCUGGCCUUGAAAGUGCAUUUCACUGCACUCGAGGGGGAAAGUGACGAACCUGGUGUGAACGAGGCUCGUGGCUUCGCUUGCGAGAUCGUUGCAUGGCAAUUCGUGGCCAACCUCACACCAAGAGACGCGAUCGACUAUCUUCUCUUUGAGCUUCCCCCAGCUUCAGAUCUUGAUCAGAGCGGAGUCGAUACAGACCAGCACAACAACACGACUGAGGAGAGCUUACAUCGGAACGAGGGGGCUCCUCUGCUGGGAGAGCGUCAUGCCUCAUACUUCAGUACCGAUACUGUGCAGAGUAGAUCUGUGGCGGCUGGCGCGCAUUCGGAUGAAUUUACGACUCAAUUCGAGAAAUUGAACGCCCUGGAGAUAGCAGCUGUUUCAAACAGCAAAAGAUUUCUGAGUCAAAAACCGGUGCAAAACAUCAUUAACGGCUUAUGGCGGGGUGAUAUUGUUUUCUGGGACACUCUUGGUUGGAAGUCGAUCAGACGUCCUCAGCUAUAUAAUCGUCAACGAGCCGAUCCGUUCUGCAGGCUUCGUGUGCCUCGUUACCUGAAGAUCUUCGAGACCCUAUACUUCAUGGUCUUUCUUGGUCUCUACUACGCAGUGCUCGUACGUCGUAGCUUCGACUACAUUACAUUGGCAGAAGCGCUUCUAUAUGUCUGGAUAGCAGGGUUCGCGUACGACGAAUUUGGCGACUGGCAAGACGCUGGCCAAACAAGUUUCUAUGCCACCGAUUUCUGGUGGACGUGGGAUAUUAGUAUCGUCGUGGUGGGCAUCGCUUUCGCUACACUAAGGAUCGUUGGGUUGAGCACAGCAUCGACGAGUACCAUCGAUCUAGCUUACGACGUACUGGGAUUGGAAGCGCUCUUCCUCGUUCCUCGCAUCUUCUCAUUGUUGAGUCUGAAUUCUUAUUUUGGUACUCUUAUUCCGUGCUUGAAAGAGAUGACGAAGGAUUUUUGCAAAUUCCUAUCGCUUGUUGUAAUUCUGUACCUGGGGUUCUUAACCACAUUUGUACUAUUAGCCAGAGGGACCUACACCCCUCGCGAGAUGUCGUGGAUUCUGAUCAAGGUGUUUUUCGGGUCGUCCUAUUUGGGAUUUGAUGUUGCAAAAGAGAUAUCGCCUUUUUUCGGUCCACCUGUCAUGUUAAUCUUCGUGGCAUUGACCAACAUUCUGCUCAUCACUUCGCUGAUCUCGCUAUUAUCGAAUAGUCUUAGCAAGGUACUGGACCAUGCUCGCGAUGAAUACCUGUUCAUCUAUUCGGUCUAUGUCCUUGAGGCAUCUUCUUCCAGCCGUUUGACAUAUUUCCUCCCGCCGUUGAACCUGAUCCCGUUGCUUCUCCGCCCGCUUCGGCUUGUCCUCCCGUCUGAGCGUCUGCGGUCCACCCGCAUCGCCCUGCUCAAAGCGACACAUGUGCCCUUCGUUGCUGCCAUCUGGGCUUAUGAGAAGAUGCUGCUUGCUUCGCAGAAACAUCAAUCCGAACUGUCCAUGAGCGGACCUGGCAGCCACUCGGGCACUAAGAGGCUGUUUCGGCCCUCCCACCAACUAGCACGCUCAUUGACGGCGCGGCCGACCUCAGGCAGAACAAUGUACCCCACAGGCCGGCCUCAAACUCCUCAGACACCGAAGACUGGGGAUGGUUCCGUGGAGGCUGACCCCCAGCUCAAAUCGUUGGUUCUGAAGCUCACAGCGCAAGUGGAGAAACUCGCCGCGGUGGUAUCGCAGCUCCAAGAGGAGCGUGAAGCAAACAGCGUGGCCGCCUGA